CAAACCUCAAUCACAUUCACCUCCACCUGGUCACCUGCCCUUCCAGUACCCCUCCCAGCACGAUGCCUUACAACUUCUGCCUGCCCAACUUCAGCUGCCGCUCCAGCUGUGCCUCCCGGCCCUGCGUGGCCCCCAGCUGCCACAGCAGCACCCUGCCUGGGGCCUGCAACAUCCCUGCCAAUGUGGGCAACUGCGGCUGGCUCUGUGAGGGCUCCUUCAAUGGCAGUGAGAAGGAGACCAUGCAGUUCCUGAAUGACAGGCUGGCCAGCUACCUGGAGAAGGUGCGCCAGCUGGAGAGGGACAACGCGGAGCUGGAGUGCCGCAUCCGGGAGCGAUGCCAGCCCCAGGAUCCCUGUGUGUGUCCCAACUACCAGUCCUACUUCAAGACCAUCGAGGAGCUGCAGCAGAAGAUUCUGUGUGCCAAGUCUGAGAACACCAGGCUGGUGGUGCAGAUCGACAAUGCCAAGCUGGCUUCUGAUGACUUCAGGACCAAAUAUGAGAUGGAACGGUCCUCAAGACAGCUGGUGGAGUCAGAUAUUAACAGCCUGCGCAGGAUCCUGGAUGAGCUGACUCUGUGCAAGGCUGACCUGGAGGCCCAGGUGGAGUCCCUGAGGGAGGAGCUGCUGUCUCUAAAGAAGAACCAUGAGGAGGAAGUCAACACCCUGCGCUGCCAGAUUGGAGACCGCCUCAACGUGGAGGUGGAUGCUGCCCCCACUGUUGACCUGAACCGCGUGCUCAACGACACCAGGAGUCAGUAUGAGGCCCUGGUGGAGACCAACCGCAGGGAUGUGGAGGAGUGGUUCACCACCCAGACUGAGGAGUUGAACAAGCAGGUGGUGUCCAGCUCUGAGCAGCUACAGACCUGCCAGGCAGAGAUCAUCGAGCUGAGACGCACAGUCAACGCCCUGGAGAUCGAGCUGCAGGCCCAGCACAACCUGAGAGACUCUCUGGAGAACACCCUGACAGAGACCGAGGCCCGCUACAGCUCGCAGCUGUCCCAGGUGCAGUGCAUGAUCACCAAUGUGGAGUCACAGCUGGCUGAGAUCAGGAGUGACCUGGAACGGCAGAACCAGGAGUACCAGGUGCUGCUGGAUGUGCGUGCCCGGCUGGAGUGUGAGAUCAACACAUACCGGGGCCUGCUGGAGAGUGAGGACUGCAAGCUCCCCUGCAAUCCCUGUGCCACCACCAAUGCUAGUGGCAACACCUGUGGGCCCUGUGGUGGCUCAAAGAGUUGCUUUUAACAUGAAAACUUGCCUCCUCUUUGAAGAUGAAUGAAGCUGUGUAGUUCAGUCAUAAGAAAGGCUUCCAGAUCCUGCCUUUGAUGGAGCUCAGUUUUCCUGGAGAAGCACUGUCAUGCCAAAUGCAGUCUUUCUAGCUGUGUAAUGCUGUUCAGAUCCAACAUGCAAAAAUACACCACAUUUUGGAGAAUUCCCUCUGUCGAAGGUCCUGACUUGGUUUUGGAAGAAUCUAGCUGCCUAUAAUCUGAGCCCUGGUGUUACUUCAGGGCAUUUCCUGUUAUUGUGAUUCCUUCUUUCCUUGCCUAUUUGACAGUCUCUGGAAUGCCAAGAAGGCAAAUUCAUUUACUUCCCAAUAAACUGUACUUCUCUGGCAUAGUAAA